AUGGCUGCCCACGGCCACCGAAUGGCCGCUCCGGUGGCUCACCAUCCACAUGCUGGAUAUCCCCAAGCCGCGGCGGUGAUGCCACCGGCCGGCACCUUUGCCCCAGGGACCAAGAUCCAGGUCGGCAACCACCGGGUGCAGAUUCAGAAAUAUCUCUCCGAGGGAGGCUUUGCGCACGUUUAUCUCGUCAAGCUGCCCAAGGCCGUCGACGGCACCGAUCUGGCGGUGUUGAAGCGAGUCGCCGUGCCCGAUAAGGAGGCCCUGCGGGGCAUGCGAACCGAAGUCGAGACGAUGAAGCGACUAAAGGGGCAUCAGGCCAUUGUCACAUAUAUCGAUUCCCACGCGUCGGAGCUCAAGGGCGGGGGAUUCGAGGUGUUUUUGCUCAUGGAAUUCUGCGAUGGCGGCGGUCUGAUUGACUUUAUGAACACCCGGCUGCAACACCGCCUGACCGAGCCCGAGAUCAUCAACAUCUUUGCUGACAUCGCCGAGGGCGUUGCCUGCAUGCACUACCUCAAGCCCGCGCUGCUGCACCGAGACUUGAAGGUCGAAAAUGUCCUCAUCACCAAUGGCCCCACCAGCAAGAGGUUCAAGCUCUGUGACUUUGGUUCCGCUGCGCCUCCGCGACCGGCUCCUACGACAGUGGUCGACUGUCGCCUGAUGGACGAGGACAUCCAGAAACACACAACGUUACAAUACCGAAGCCCCGAAAUGGUAGACGUCUACCGAAAACAGCCAAUCAACGAAAAGUCGGAUAUCUGGGCGCUGGGCGUUCUCUUGUACAAGCUCUGCUACUACACAACCCCCUUUGAGGACCAGGGGCAGCUGGCAAUCUUGAACGCGAGCUACAGAUAUCCCAGUUACCCGGUGUUUUCGGAUAGGCUGAAAAGCCUGAUUGCCAUGAUGCUGAAGGAGAACCAUCAAUCAAGACCCAACAUAUACCAGGUCUUGAAGGAGGCCUGUGCUAUGCAGAACCGAGAAAUACCGAUACAUGAUAUCUACUCGGGACAGUCGAGCGCAGAACCUAGAGCUACCCAACGAGCCGCCGUCGAGUCGAAAUCACACCAGCCACCCGUCGUUGGUGCUGUCUUCGCAGCGCCCGUCAAAGAACAGCAGGCGCUUCCAGAUAUUGUACCAAUGAGGAGAGGUCGUCCGAAUCCUUCACCAUCUCGAACGCCUGUCCCUGCAAAGGUCAACAGUGGUGAUCCAUUUGCUGCUCUGGACUCAAAGGCCACCGCAGCCGCCGCCUCUGUUCGCCGGGCAGAGCCUGACGAGCUCUCAGCCCGAUUCCCGCGUCUGGAUGAAUUCUCCUUGCUCCAAGAUCAAAAGACUUUCAAUUUUGAUUCGACGCCAAUCUCGCCUCGUCCACAGAGAGACUUGGGCGUAAAGGUCGCUGAACGGCUGGCUGAUGAAGCAUUUGCGUCCUCUAGAAGCCCCGCGCAAACCCCCGUCCAGAGACCACACUCUGUGGCGCCAAUCUCCUCCCGCCCUCCCCUCGACCUCUCACAAUCUACUCUGGAUACCAAGCCCCUCCCCAAGCUGGCGCCCUUAUCUGCGACACAGUCGGGGGUUAGUCGGGCUCAGUCGAUUAUAACAAGCAACCCUGAGCUCAAGGCUAUUGCCAACAAGACUGCAAACUCCUCAUACGUUUCUAUCGGGACAAUGACUGAAGCAUCUCCCUCGGAGAAGGAGCGACAUGUUGAUAUUGACAGAAGCAGACGCUCUCUUGACGUGGAAACUCCCCGCGAAACACCUCGCGCGGCGGCCCUUACAGGGCAAAAUACCGCCAAGCGGAUUUCUGGCGGAAACUGGGCGUCAGCAAACACGAGGUCUUCGUCUGUUCAGCCACGGCUUAGCCAGAGCACAGUUGCUUCAUCUAGGACGUCACUGGAUAAUCUAAGCUCCCAAGAGGAUUUAAUAGAUGUCAGGUCUUCUGCCGGAAACCUUGGCCUCAAACAGCGACCUGUCAGCUCCACCUUUGAACCCAGCACUCUGGAAUUUCUGCGCGAAAGGGAAAAUGCGUCCAAGCCUCCCAGCCGUCAGUCUUCAGUUAACCGCCACUCAUCGUGGCAUCUUCCUCUGUCAAGUUCCAAUACGGGUCGCAAUAAUACUGACGGCGGUGUGAGCUUGAAAGAACAAGCCCGAAGCUCGAGAAGCUUCGAGGUCCAAGACCAGGAUCAAGAUCGACCUGUGCAAAAGCCUGAGACGACAGCAUCCACGUCCAAGAACUUGCUUUCUGGCAAGUUUGGUGGCGCUUUCAAGAAGUUUGAGAAUAAUGCUCCAUCUGACAACGAGUCGGAUUUUAGACCUUCAUCGUCUGGUAAGGAGCAGGGACGUCGCGCAUUGACACCCAUCCAAGGCUCGGAAGCAGCAGAUGAUAGAAGCGAUACAGACGGGGAAGGCCAUGGCCAUAUGACGGCUGAGAUGCGUCGUGAGAUGGAGCGUCGCCAACUGGAAGAGGAGGAAGCUAGAGUAGAGGCUGCGCAAGCGGAAUAUCGCCGACGGGUUGCGGAAGGCGGGUCACCGUCCAAAGCUCGACCAGCCGUAGCUCCCAAGCCUAUGGGGGCGGCGCGGGCUGCCAGCAUACAAAAUAGGGUGCAGAGUCUUUUAAGCGAAGAACAGAAGCCGUCAAACGUGCCGCGCACCGCCCAUGGUUAUGGCAAAUACACGGACUCUGAGCCAGCACCGAACGAGGCAGAGAAACCGCGCCCUGACGUAAAGCGGAAGCCAAUUGUAGCUGCGAAGCCCGUCGUGGUAGACCCGCGGCGAAGCGACGGCUCUCUGAGCGAUGCCAGACAAGCCACGGGCUCGACGUCCGCUUCUGCAAGCGUAUCGGGCAAGAGUGUAGCCAAGCCGGCAGCCCCCAGGAAACCCGUUCACCUGAAUAAUAUACCCACAGGAGGAGGACGGCAAACCUCCUCACCGACAAAGGAGAGAGACGAGCAAUCAUUCGAGCGCCUGAUAGCAAUUGAUCUUCCUGGGCAGCCAAUGCUAGAGAUGACUGCAAACGACAGGGACGACUACGUGGAGGACUUUACAAAACGCUUCCCCAGUCUAAGCACUAUAGAAUUAAGCCGAGAUGGCGGCCGCGAGAGAGACGGGCCGCACUGA